AUGACUUCUGCAGCAUCUUUGACAGGCUCCUAUCAUGCAUCCUGCGCAUCAGAUGCAGAGGAGUCUAGCUUUCUUAAACAAACCCGUUACCUUCGCUGGAUUCGAAUUGGCCUUGCGUUUAUCAUUCUCGGGGUGUCUGUUUCGCUCAUUGCCUGCGAGGCGGUGCCUUAUCGGUACUAUAAGAAGACUUCUUCAUAUGAGAGGGUCGAACUGUAUCUCUGGCCAUUGAACCUGGAUAUCCGUCCGACAAUCGCAAUGUUGGCCUGCGGUUGUGUGGUGGCCUUUUUAAGCUUGUUCUUCAUCGUCGUUGCUCUCCUGCCUUCGCCCCAUUCGCAUAUUAGACGCAUCAAUAUGGCUGGGGUUGCCAAGUCCGUCUGUGGAUUCAUCACCGCAUUGAUUGGAGUUGUCUUUGCCAUUUACUUACCUGGGUCGCUGUAUCCUUCUGGCUUCAGCGAGAAUGAGACGCUUCAUUCUUGGACCUGUAAAUGGAAAGGUUCACAUUCUGUACCCAGCGUUCUAUCCAGUGGAGAUAAUGAGGCUGCUCCUCCGCCAUCUCAUUUUGCGCGAGACUGUGCUGCCACUCAUGCUGGCUUUGCCCUCCUCGGACUCUUGAUUGGACUGGAGGUUCUCAUGAUAAUUGCCUCGGGACUGGGGACGUGGCUUGAACUGAGUGUGGCCAAGAAGCGGAUGCAAGGGCAGUACCAGCUCGAGAAGAUUGAAAUGAUGAUUAAACAUGGUCAGCGAUAG